AUGGCCGACUAUCUCCUCUUCGAGGCCCCAAUGGGCUACUCGCUUUUCAAGGCGGUGCACAAGGCCGAUACCGUGGGCAAUAGCUUGAAAGAGGUGCAGGAAGGUGUAUUGGAUCUUGCCAAGUUUGGAAAGAUGGUUGAGCUUGUCAGCUUUUUGCCUUUUGAGAACAACAAGCAAGCACUCAGCGAAAUCAACGACAUUUCCGAAGGUGUCGCUACCGAGACUCUUAUCUCUUUCCUUGAACUCAAUCUUCCCAAGGCAGGCAAGAAGAAGAAGGUUAGUUUAGGUGUGUACGAUCGUGUCUUGGCAACUAGCAUCAAGGCCGCUUUCCCAUCCGUCGACUGCGAAACCGGAGACACCAGUGAAGUCGUGCAGGAUAUGCUUCGAGGAAUUCGAUUGCACUCAACAAAGCUUUUGAAAGGUCUCAGAGAGGGCGAUUUGGAUACCGCUCAGUUGGGUCUUGGUCACGCCUACUCCCGUGCCAAGGUCAAGUUCUCUGUUCAGCGUGAUGACAAUCACAUCAUCCAGGCUAUUGCUAUUUUGGAUCAGUUGGAUAAGGCUAUCAACACCUUUUCUAUGAGAGUGCGAGAAUGGUACUCUUGGCAUUUCCCCGAGCUUAUCAAGAUUGUAUCUGAGAACUACCGUUAUGCCAAACUUGCGCUUUUCGUCCAGGAUAAGAAGUCUUUGACCGAUGACCGCCUACACGAUCUUGCUGCUUUGGUUGAUGACGAUGAAGGCGUCGCUCGUACCGUCAUUGAGGCUGCCAAGCACAGCAUGGGACAAGACAUCUCUGAGACCGAUAUGGAAAACGUUAUCUCUUUCGCCAAGCGUGUCGUCAGCUUGUCCGACUACCGAAAGUCAUUGCACUCAUACCUUGUGGCCAAGAUGAGCGUUGUCGCUCCUAACUUGGCUGCUUUGAUCGGAGAGGUUGUUGGUGCUCGUCUUAUUUCUCACGCCGGUAGCUUGACCAACUUGUCCAAGUACCCUGCUUCUACUGUUCAGAUUCUUGGUGCAGAGAAAGCCUUGUUCAGAGCCCUCAAGACCAAGGGAAACACUCCCAAGUACGGUCUUUUGUACCAUUCGUCUUUCAUUGGUCGCGCAGGCCCCAAGAACAAGGGCAGAAUUUCUCGUUUCCUUGCCAACAAGUGUUCUAUUGCCUCGAGAAUUGACAACUUUUCGGAGACUCCCUCGACCAAGUUCGGAGAAGCUCUUAAGAAGCAGGUUGAAGAACGUCUGGAAUUUUAUGCCUCUGGAGCUCCUCCCACAAAGAAUGAAAUUGCUAUGAAAUCUGCCAUGGACUCGAUCCUUGCUGACAUGGAUGUCGACGAGCCCGAAGACAGUGAUGUUGAGAUGGACGACGAGGAGAAGCCCAAGAAGGCUAAGAAGGAGAAGGAGGCCAAGAAGGAAAAGAAAGAGAAGAAAGACAAAACAGACAAGAAGAGCAAAGAGGAGAAGAAGCGAAAGCGCGACAGCGAAGUGGGCGUCUCCAAGAAGAAAUCAAAGGCUUGA